GCUGCUGCCCCCUCCCGGGGCGCCGCGAUGCGCGGCCCCUUUAAGGCGGCGCGGGGCGCACUGUCCCUUUAAAAGGCGGCGGGCGGGAGGCGGUGGCGGCCGGGGCUAUCGCCUGCCCGCCGGGUUUUCCCCCCCUUCCUGCCGGCUCGGCGUUCGCAGCCGCCCGUUAAAAAGAGGAGGCAAGAUGGCCGAGCUGGGCAGCAAGGGGGUCACCGCCGGGAAGAUCGCUAGUAAUGUCCAGAAGAAGCUGACCCGGGCGCAGGAGAAGGUCCUUCAGAAGCUUGGGAAAGCAGAUGAAACAAAAGAUGAGCAGUUUGAGCAGUGCGUGCAGAACUUCAACAAACAGCUGUCUGAAGGCACAAGGCUACAGAAGGACCUCCGAACUUACUUGGCUUCUGUAAAAGCCAUGCAUGAGGCCUCCAAGAAGCUGACGGAGUGUUUGCAGGAAGUUUAUGAGCCGGAUUGGCCUGGGAGAGAUGACACAAAUAAAAUAGCAGAGAACAAUGAUCUCCUCUGGACGGAUUUCCAUCAGAAGCUGGUGGAUCAGGCACUUCUGACCAUGGAUACAUACCUUGGCCAAUUUCCAGAUAUUAAAUCUCGUAUAGCGAAGCGAGGAAGGAAGCUUGUGGAUUAUGACAGCGCCAGGCACCACUUUGAAGCCCUGCAGACUGCAAAGAAGAAGGAUGAAACCAAAAUUGCAAAGCCUGUUUCGCUGCUUGAGAAAGCUGCGCCUCAGUGGUGUCAAGGGAAGCUACAAGCUCACCUCGUUGCGCAAACUAAUCUGCUCCGAAAUCAGGCUGAAGAAGAGUUAGUAAAGGCUCAGAAGGUGUUUGAAGAGAUGAACGUUGAUCUGCAGGAGGAGCUGCCUUCACUAUGGAAUAGUCGUGUUGGUUUCUACGUCAACACAUUCCAGAGUAUAGCAGGCCUAGAAGAGAACUUCCAUAAAGAAAUGAGCAAGUUGAACCAAAGCCUUCAUGAUGUCCUGCUGGGUCUUGACAAGCAGUACUCAGGCAAUGCCUUCCCCGUUAAAGCACAGCCCAGUGACAGCACCCCAGCGAAAGCAAAUAAAAGCCCCUCGCCUCCACCAGAUGGAUCUCCCAUCACCAGCCCUGAGACCAAGACUGUCAACCAUGAGCUGGAACCGUCCACUUUGGAAGCACCUGGGGCAAGCAUCCCAAAGUCACCAUCUCAGUUGAGGAAAGGGCCUCCGGUGCCUCCGCCUCCAAAAGUCACCCCCUCCAAGGAGAUCAAGCAGGAGAACAUCAUCAGUCUGUUUGAUGACAAUUUUGUCCCUGAGAUAAGUGUGACAACCCCUUCGCAGUUUGAUGCCCCUGGGCCCUUCCAGGAGGGAGCCAGCCUGUUGGAUCUGGAUUUUGAUCCCAUUAAACCAGAUGCCACUGUGGGGAAGACCCCCACACCCGCUUCCCAGUCUUUACCUUGGGAUUUAUGGGAGCCUGCAGAAGCAGCCCAUGCAGGAGCUGAAGCAGCUGGAUCAGAAGCAGCAGCUGGAGCUGAAGCAUCUAAAACCGAAGCCGAUUCAGGAUCGAGCUCUCUGCCUGCUGUCGUUGUGGAAACUUUCCCUGCUACCAUCAAUGGCACUGUGGAAGGAGGUGCUUCAUCUGAAAGAGCUGACAUGCCCCCAGGAUUUCUGUUCAAGGUCCAGGCCAUGCAUGACUACACGGCCACUGACAGCGACGAACUGCAGCUGAAGGCCGGGGAUGUGGUGCUGGUGAUUCCGUUUGAGAACCCUGAGGAGCAGGAUGAAGGAUGGCUGAUGGGUGUGAAGGAGUCUGACUGGAUCCAGCAUAAGGAACUUGACCAAUGCCGAGGGGUUUUCCCUGAGAAUUUCACGGAGCGGGUGCAGUGAAAGCCCAAGCCCACCAGCUGCAUUUCUGCUGCAAGAGAGCAAGUUUUCUGGUAGAUAAUUGAAAAAGAACAGCAAAAUGAAAAGAAGAGAGAAUUUUAAAGGCACAGAAGCCUGAAAAAAAGUCAACUUGAAGGAUGUGUUCUUCUCAAAGGGCAAGAUUUCAGAAGUAAAUUGAAAUUCAAAGUGUUAUCAAAAUAUAUAAGUAUUAAUAAUAAUAAGGCAAGUCAAAUACCCUUUUUCCCCUUUGGUUUUAAUAGCGUUUGGAUUUGGAGGACUGAUGCAGAAGUAACUCGGUGUGGUUCUCUAAAUACUGCAUUCACUGCAUUGGUGAGAUGCCAGUCUGAUCCCUGGAAAGGCAGUAAUUGUCUAAUGGCUUGAGAGUAGAAGCUGCAUUUGCUCUUGGGUGGGUUCAUCUGUUUUGUCUUGAAGGUGGCUUGCAUGGCAACCAUAAAAGAUCAGCCUUCCCUACAUGUUCAACCUACAGUAGGCCAAACUUUCUGUUAUGCUGUUGAAAAAAAUAUUUAGUGUAUAGUGUUCACCAAUACUUAUGUGUGUGUGCGUGUGUGUAUUUUAUUUUCUUCCUUUAAAACGAUGUUACACAAACUGUGAUUUUGUACAUGUAAAGAUAGAAGAAACUACAUGGAAAGGGCAUAGAGAAGAUGGAAUGUGUGAAGCUGUGCUCAGUCCAAAGUUCUUUCAAAUGCAGACACUUAAAUUCUCGCAGUAAUAUUGACCUGUGAAAUGCUAAGGGGGACGGACAAAUUCAAGAGGAGAAACAAGACAAAAUAAGCAGAUGCCAUUUAGGUUGCUCUGAAAUUCAGGCGAGGGAAUCCUCGCCCCCCCCAACGCCAUAGGCGGUUUCAGCGAAGCUUAGAUUCAUGUAGAUGGAAGAUAGCUCUAAAAUCUGGGUGGUUAGAAAAUUUGCUUUUAAAGAAAGAGAUAAAGGAAGAAAGAUUUUUUUUCUGAAAGAAUAUCUAAGAAAAGACACUGAGAAAAAAAAUACUUUCUUUGUUUUUAAUUGGCAUUGUUAUUUGUGGAAUUGUAGUUCUUAUUUUCUUUUGAAGAGUUCUGUAAUUGAAAUAUUGUUAGAUCAGCUUUCUCCAGUGCUGUGCUGGCGAUCGAGUUAAUCUCUAUGAAAACUAUACUCAUUUAAAGUGGCUGCAUGACUUCAUGGUCUUUUAAUGCAUUAGAAAGGAAGGCAAGAACAUCAGAGUGUCAGUGUCAAGAAGAUAUUCUGCAGUCUAAUACUGAUGCCAAGACCUUUCCUAUACCUUUCCUUUGCUCCUGUUUGUUUUUGAGUUUUGUUUUUUAGUUUAAACAAGCAGAUGACAAGGCUGUUUCAAAGUGCAUAUUACACUUGUUAAAAUAAGCCGGUCUGACCCUCCAAGACUCUAAAGUCCCACAAAGGUACUUUAAACUUUACUUGAAUACUGAUGCAGCUGGCAAGCAGAUCGGGCUGUUACUUUUUUUUUUUUAUGGCUUCCCCCCCUCCCACCUUUAUGAUCCUUUUGCCUUGAAGGGAUUUUAACAGCGAGGUUACCUCCUGCUGUAAAAGGACAGGAUCACUCUGAAAUAAUGUUCCUACCUGUUAGGAGCUGGCUUUUGUCAAAGAAUGCUGACAUGCACUACUGAAAACCCCACUUUUCCCAAUCUUUUUGGGUUAUUUGUAGGACAACAGAAAAAAACAUGGUAGGACAAAAAUGGAUUUUUUAUUUUUUUUUUAAAUUUUAGUUCAGAGGGGCAGAUCACAUUUUGAUUAGAAAGUAUAUUUUUAUAAAUGCAAUGAAUUGCUGGAGUUCCUUCUGCUUUCAGCUUGGGAGAUGAUCUGUGCUAGUUAAUUACAGCAAUGUAACAGGCAUCAAAAUCUGUCCUAUAUACCCCAAAUCCCUUCUCCUUCUUUUCUUCUUAAUUCUCUCUCUCUUCCCACCCCCCACCCCCCUCCAAUAAACAUGCGGGAAUUUGUUUUACAUCACUGUUACAAACCCCCAUAGUAUUUAGGAGUAACUGCUCACAACACAGAAGGACUGGACUCCACAAAUUAUAGUAUGGUGAGCUGUUGCUUUAGAAUACUGCCCUGUUUGAUCUUUUUUGUUUUCCUUUUUUCACUGGGGUUGUCUUUGUUAUUACUCUUUUUCCAAAAUAUCUAUUUUUAUGCAUUUGUGACUCCCAUUACUCCUUUAAAGAAUAUUCAUAGAAAAAAAUAUACAUUUAAAUAUACAUAGAAAUAUAUAUAUAGAAAAGCGGGUUGAUCCAAUUAACAUAAUGCUGUCAGCUUAAAAUGUUUAUUUUUAUGCAAAACCUGUGGAUUAUUGUUUUUUUUUAAAAAAAACCACAAGAUUCUAAGUACCAGAGCUGUGAUUUUUGUCUUGCAAGUAACUGUUCUAGACCAUUUAGAAAGCUGUGCUGAUACCUAAUUUAUUGUGGGUUUUUUUGCUGUUGUUGUUGUUGUCUUCUGCUGUGUUUGAACCAGAUGACUGUCCCAACAAAGAUCCUCAUAAGGCCUUUUCAUUUUAUUGAGCUUGCAAAGCAACUAUCCAGUACUGUAUUGUCCCUGCAGAAGUGGUAACACGCUGCAAAUAAGGGAUGUUGUUUUCAGGUCACAUGAGUGAUGCUCAAAUAUUGCUAGUGGGGAGGAUGUUGUGUCUUUCUCCAUUUGCUUACCCCCAACCCAAAAAUCCCAGCCCCCAAACCCCCUUGCUUAGAGGAGGUAGAGUGGGUUACCCAGAUCUUGCAUUGCUUGCAAAUAAGUAGUGUCAGCACAUCUCGGUCAGAUCCUGAGCACGCAGGAUCAGACCCACAGUUUAUAAAUUGCCUUAUAGGAGAGUAGGAUGGCAUAGCAGGAAGCUUGCAGAUAGCAAUGUUUUUUGGAGCCAGGAGUUCUCUUAUCUCUUGGGUCAUGUUCAGCGCAUUGUAAACAGCCACAACUCCUCCCAUUUUCAGUAUUUUUACAUCUGCUAAAUACCUUGAUUCUGGUUGGUAUUACCUGGUGGAAUGAACUUUCCAUUUUCUUUGGCUUAGGACUGAUUCAAAUAGAAAGAGGGACAGUAAACUCCCAAGUAGGCUGUGCCCACAGUGGUUUUUCAGUUUGCGGGCGGAACUGGAAAAUCCUGGGAAAAAAGUCAUAAGGGUGACCUGAGACAAUUUUUCCCCCCCCUUCAUUUACUCAGUGAAAUAAGAAAAGGAAAAAUCAAAACAUAAACAAACAAAAAUAUCCUUUCAAACUAAACUGAACUACACUUGUAUGGUUGUGUUUCACUUUUUGAAAAACUUUAUGACUUGGGCUAUAACAAGUUGCUUUGAAGCAAAAAUGUGAAGCCUUCUGUUUUGAAAAUGCUGAAAGAAAAUCUUUUAAUGUUAAUGGUCUUUUUGCCUUUGCCUUUUUUUUUCUUAAUCUGAUGACUGGUUUCAGUUAACCCUAAACUGCAUUUUUGUUGGUGAAUACAUCAUCCACUGAAGAGAACCCAAAGAAGCCUAUUGCCCAGUUCUGCCCCACUGAUAGGUACACUGGACACAUUGCAGGGAUUACCUGGUAUCUGGUCCAGCAAAGCUGCUGUUUCCUCAUCUAAUAACUUCCACUUGUUUUACUGGGUGAACAAUAAAAGCAUUUCUCAUCCCGUGCUAUUGACUGGUUUUGUAGCCUGGCUUAGAAAGACAUUCUUGCUCUAUCAGUCUUAGUUUGGUCACAGAUUUAUUAUUAUAGAUUUAUGAUGCUACUCCAGUUUGAGCCUAAUCCCAGUGUUCAGUGGGAAUUAACAUUUGCCCAAUUGAUGAGAAAGAAAUAAGGUAUUACUUUUUCUCCUUUUUUCUGUCUUAGCAAUGUCAGGAAUAUUAGAUAGAAUUAGGAAAAGGUCCCAGGGUAAAGAUGAAUGCGUUGUUCCAGGCGAGAGUCCUGCAUACUCUGUGCUGCGUUCCAUGGGAAUUCCUCAACUGUCUGUGUUUACCACCUUUGUGUUUCUGGGCUGCGAAGGUUGUGCAGGCUUCGUCCCAGCUGCUCACAGCUAGUCCUGCUUUGUGAUCCGUUUGCCACGAACCUUGUUCACAGUUGCAGAACCCUUUUCUGUCCCACUAUCUAAAGCCCAUGGCCCAGGCACACACACACACACACCCAAGUCAAGGGGGUCUCUCAUGACCCGGAGCAGAUGCGAGGACUCUAUAUUCUGCCUGGAAUUGGGAUGUCAGCUCAGUUAAAUUUUGCAACGACCUCUUGAAGGGAAAAGGCCCAAGGCUAAGGAGGUGCUGGGGGAGGAUGGAGGGAUUAUAUGUUUUCUUUUUCAUUUGGGGUUGAUGCGCUGGCUGCCUCAGUUACAGGGAGGUCCAGAACCUCUUUAUUUAGGGCUGAGAACAAAAUGUGAGUGGUCUAGAUGUGAAUGGUCAAUAUGGUAACAGGUGUGUGUCUCCUGCAAAGGAUGCUGAGCUCAGAGUUUCCCCUUUCCUCCUCUGCGCCAGACAGAGAGUGGCUCUCUGCCACUAUUACAUGUUUUGGAUGCUGUGCAGUCCAUACUGCAAAACAGCGAAUGUGUCUUUUGCUGGAGGAUGCAGGGAUGUCUCUCUCAGCCCUUUCUAGGAGGAGCUACUGAUCUUUCACAGACAAGGCCUGUGUGUUUCUAACACAGUAGCCUCUGAUCUCAGUAGCCUCUGUGUCUUUCAGCAUCUGACCUCGCUCUCCAGGUCCUUGUGUUUGCAGCCUCUCCCAUGCUCUUUGAGGAUGACAGUAGCAUAGAGCACUUCCCUGUGUGCCUAAAGUGCAAAGCUAGAAGAUGCACAAAUAUGUCCAUCAGCAAAUGCUACGCAGUGCAGCUUGACAAUGCUGAUAACCAGAAGAACAAGCAACAGCUUUUCUUCUCUGGGCUGCCAAAGGGGAGCUCUUCCUUGUCACACCUGGCGCUGGUCCAGACACCUCUCUGCUUGCAUGCUUUGGCUUAGACACUUCGGAGUAGCAAACUCCUGUCAGAAAGGGGUCCUGUGUGGUGCCCAGAGCUGGACUGUGCCACCAGCCCUUGCAAAGCUUGGGGUCUGUAGCUGGUGCAUGGGGGCUGAGAAUUAGAAGACUGUUUCAGGAAUUUUGUUUAUGAAACUAAAUGGAGAAGCUACAGCUGCGAAGACUGGUCUAUAUGAACUUGUACUUUGAUGUGUCUUAUGGCUGUAAUUCCUUCACCUGUUUUUACAGUGUAUUCUGCUAAUCCUGUCCCUAGUCUGCAUUUCAUGUAGAUGGUCCCUGCUUGAACUUGCCAGAUGCAGUCCUGGGCUUAUUGCUUCUCUGUAACUGAAUCAAAUGGCAACGACUUUGGCAAUGUAUUGGCAAUCUCUUUUCCUUCUGUUAAUUCAGUCUCUGAGUUUUACCACAAUGACCUGAGAAAUGUUUGGGUUUUUUAAUUAUUUUAAUUUUUGUUUUGUUUAAACAAAGCUAAACAAUCCCCAUUGUAUUCAGAGCUGUGACACCCAGUUCCAGUGACAAGUACUAGAUGGAUUUGUCCCGUUUUGUUUCUUGGCAAUGUUCAGAAAUAUAAUUUGUGUCAUCCUAA